UCCAACCCAGCCCAGCACACAGGACGCACCAAUCGAAAACCACUUUCCCUUUCACUGGUCCUUGGCCCUCCCCACGCCGCGUCGCCGUCUCCGCCGCACCGCCGCCGUCCCGCUCCUUCUCCUCCGCCGGAUCCACCGGAGCACGCCUCGAAGAGGAGCAAAUCUCUGUACGCCUCUCUGCUGGAUCUGUAUCGGCUCCCGGGACUGCUCCUCCCUCUGUCGUAAGUCACCAUGUCAGAAUGCCAAUUAUCAGCGCUAUGAUAAAUUGCAUCAUGUGUCGUUUACACAUUUCAGCACAGUGGUCUAUAUAGAUUCAAGUUACAUGUGCUCUAUCGAAAGGGAAUUGCUCUUCUCUGUACUUAGCAUAUGGAGAAACAUGAAGAACUUAAGCUGGGGUUUCGAGUGCUUCAUUUAGUCUUAAAAAGUUCACCCAACAAAUCUCACACAUGGCCCAGCAGCGCCGAGUUGCCGGAGCAGAUGGUGGGAUUCGGUAGCCUUGCUCCCAAGACCAAGAACCUGGUGGUGGGCGGUGGGUUGACGGGGUUCGUCUUUGGGGUGUACUAUUACACCAUGAGAGCAGUCGGCAGCACUGAUGAGCUGCAGGUCGCCAUCGACAAGUUCGAAGACCUGAAGAAGAAGGACGCCGACGCCACCCCCGCUGCAAACCCCUCCACCCCAGGCUCAUCUUAGGAAAAACAUGCUCUGAAACUUUUGUUUACCCGUACCGAGCUUCUAAACUAGUUACCUCACAACCAGAACCCAGAACCAUGGUUUGGUUUCCGUGAUGAUAAUAGGUCAUGUUAGAUAGAGCUUUUUAUGGCAUGGGUGGAGUCCAGAAUUAGUAGUGCUUUAAUGUUUAUGGUGACCGCGGUGCCUGGAAGUUUGAUAUACUAGUACUGGAGUAGAUUUUUUGGAGGCACGUUAUUGCAGUUUGUUGCUAUUA